AUGAUUUGCAAUAUCCUCACCGAUGUCACCGAUACUUGGAGGGUCAAGGAUCUAGUUAUUAGUAACCUUAUUUGGAAGGGAAUACUUCAAUACUUUAAAUCGGGACCAGUGCUUCAGUUUCGUGACCUAUCCCGCUUGAAUGUUAAAUUUUCUAAAUCUGAUCUUGAAAUGUUGCCAAUCCUUCUUGAGAGCUGCCCAAAACUAGAAUCGUUCGUAUUGGAAUUGGUCAAGGGCAAAUACAUCUUUCGUGAGAAGAAAGAUUCUAAGGUGAUGUUUUCAACAGUGCCUCAGUGUUUGGUAUCAUUGCUAAAGUUUGUGGAAUGGAAACGUGCGUACUCAUUGUUUGAAGGAGAAAUGGAGCUAAUAAGAUACUUCCUGAAGAAUUCAACAAUCCUGGAGAAAUUUAGGCUUGAUGCUUAUUCUACCGAAAAAGCUAAGUGUGCCUUCCUUCAAGAACUCCUUGCAAUGCCAAGAUGCUCUAGCAUUUGUGAAAUCCAUUAUUCUUUCAUUCCUAGAAAAAAUAUUGAAUAUUUCGUUGGUUGA